CACACACCCUUACACUACGGGAAAGGGGUACUGCUGCUGUGGCUAUGCAACUACUACAUACACUCUUUUUGUGUUGAAACACGGCAAAACAAAUGGAUGUGUUCUCUACUAAACGUGCUGCGUGCAAGGUGGAACAAGUUCCCAAUGAGGUUCCGAGCUUCACAUACGCUGAGCUAGUCAUCAGCAGCAGGAAGACGAAACGGAAAACCUGAAAACCUGAAUCAGUGUUUAAAGUUAUUAAAGCAACGAUCAGGCGACAUACACGAUGCGGCGAUCGUGGACUACACACAGGGCAGGAAUUUAAGAGUAACUAUGAAACUGUUUUUCAUCAUCAUGUUGAUCUGUAUGGCUGACUCCACUCAAGGUGCAGAAUGUAUAGAGGGACAGCGUUGUUCUGGCUGCGAUGAGAGGGGCAAUUGCUUACACAGUUGUGAGAGAGGCUAUUUUGGAAUGAAAUGCAAGUCCCAUUGCAGCAGCACAUGCAGAUAUAAAACAUGCCAGCUAGAUCCAGGUAAAGGUACAAGCAAGUGUACUGAUGGCUGUGUACCAGGAUACCAAGGCGUACGUUGUGAGAGACCAUGUGACAGUCACGUGGCCAACUGUAAACUGUGUCCAGGUGGAUGUGACGGGGAGUACUGUCAGCUGGGUGAUGCUUGUUUUGCCGGAUGUCGAGAUUCCAGGUACGGAUCAGGAUGCAAGACGUGUCACAGUAACUGCAGAACCUGCAACAGGAUGACAGGAGUAUGUGACGAGUGUGACCCGACACAUUAUGGAGUAAACUGUGAGAAGACGUGUGAGAACUGUGCAGGAUCCUGUGAGGCUGGCUGUGAAUGUGUUCCUGGCUUCUACGGGGACUUCUGUGCCGAGACGUGCAGCAAAACAUGCCGCCCCAAGUCAGCCCACAAGUGUCUUCCUGCUGUGACGUCAGACAGAUGUACAGGUGAAUGUCACAAACACAGCGCCACGUGUCUCCAUGGCUGUGUGGAUGGCUGGUUCGGCCCGAGGUGUUCUUCUCCGUGUAAUCCUGGAUGCCGCCAUCAAAGAUGUAAUGCAGCAGGUUCCUGUGCUGAAGGCUGCGAACUUCAUCAUUUCGGGUCAGCCUGUGAACCUUGUCCUGAGAACUGCGCCAACCGAACAUGUGACCAGAGCACUGGUGCCUGUGUGACGGAUUGCAGUCCCAGCGAAGAAGGAAGUGAGUCUAAUUGUACAUCCACCUGCACCCCUCCAGGAUGUUCUUCAGCAUAUCGUAAUGCGACUCUGCCGGAGGUGCAUCAUACGAGCUCAGCCACCCUGAUAUGGGUUGUGUGUACAGCAGUCCUUUUCGUCCUGGUUGCAAGUUCCGUAUGCUGCGUCUGUUUCCGUAAAGGGCCGUGUGUACAAAGGUCAACCCAUGCUGAAACUGGAACAAACAACACAGACGCCACUUACAUGCACUACCAGGAAAUGGACAAGUACUGGGAAAUCAGAGAAAAUGAAGCGGAAGUGGGCGAAGGGAUACCGAAUCAGAACCACGACAGUACAAGCGAUGUCAGCGAUGACGCACUGCCUGUGUUAGCAGAUUACUUUCCGGGAGAUGUCAACGUAGAGGCUGGAGAUGGCGACAUUGAAGCAGGCGAUGGUGACAAGAAGCAGGCGAUGGUGACAUUGAAGCAGACGAUGGUGACAUUGAAGAAGGCGAUGGUGACAAUGGAGCAGGAAAUGUCGGUGAUUCAGUUUCCGACUCCUACACACACCUCACGCGGGACGUUCCCACUCCUGACCUAAGAACAGUCGUUACAUAUUUAUCACCACUUGAGGACAAUUAGUCGAUAUCCAUUUCCCCCCAGUGUAUGCCAAAGCUGGAAGCACGGGGUGAUAACACUGAAGCCCAUGUUUAUUACACUGAAGUAGAGGAUGGAGACACAAGUAGAGAACAGAGACACUGAAGUAGAGGAUGGAGACACAAGUAGAGGAUAGAGCCAGCCACUGAAGUAGAGGAUCACACAAGUCAGUGACUGCCCAACAUCCCACAUACACAGUAUAUAUGUUUGUUGUUUACCGCUGCACCCAACUAUUAGGCAAUCUGUAAAUAUCAAGUCUGGACCAGACAAACCAGUGAUUGUCAUUAUGCCCAACAUUCCAAGGGGACUGUACACUUGUUGUUUAACGCUGCACGCAACUAUAUUGCACUGCUACAGUAAAGCAAUCUGUAAAUAUGAAGUUAAUCAUUUAAUAAAGACUUCCCACUCGUAAAAGUGCUUUCGUCUUAUGCUUUGUGGUGGUAUGUUUUUAAGUAUGGGACUAAUCCUUGAUUGAAUUGAAAAUAACUGUCAAUAUUGUUGGAAUUGAUCGUUUUAUGUUCUGUUGUAAAGUGCAUUGUGGUCU